AUGGCAACUGCUGUCGAACCAACAAAAAGUGAACUUUCAAUCCAAGUUCCAACUAUUUUAGCAACAAGACAUUUUAAUUCUCACGUUGAAGAAACUGAGGCUGAGGUUGAUGAAUUUAGCGAUGCCUUUGCUACUCCUAAAGAUGAGAAUGACCCUUAUAAUUAUAAUGACUAUGCUCCAAAUUUUAAAGCUCCUGAUGAAUUAGAUAGUCAGAACUCGAUUUCUUUUGAAGAAAGUGAUAAAGUUGAUAGACUUUCAUCAUCUGCUUCCUCAGUUUAUGACGAUGACUCGUUCAGUGAAUCUGCCGAUUUGACCGAUCAUACUGCUACACUCGAUACGCUUGAUAAAACAAGUGACAUUCAGAAUGCUGAAUCUUUUCAGAGUAAUUCCUUUGAUGCUUCAUGCGAGAAGGAAGAAGAGAAGAGUGACCCUUCGCUCACGCCUUUAGGCAAUUCUAACAUAGAUUCAAUUAAAUCUGAAAAUGCUAUUGUUGACGAACAUUCUGAUAAGUCUGUAGAUGAUAAAGAUAUGCCUGUAGAUGAUAAAGAUAAGUCUGUAGAUGAUAAAGAUAACCGUGUAGAUGCUGAAAAUUCUGAAGAUAAGCAUGUUUCUAUCGAAUCUUUGAAAGAUGAGGCAAUGCGGAAUAGUAGUUAUUCCACAACCUCAUCUGAAGAUGAAAAAAAUGACUAUGAAUCAAGUGAUUUUGCUGACUCGACUGUUUCAAAGUCAAGUAGUUUUUCAUCAAUUUCGUUUCAUCAAUCAAUUAAUAAAAAAGAUAUUAAAAAUUAUGAAAUUAUUGAGGAUAAAAGUGCUGAGAAUCGUAUGUCAGUUGCCUCUCUCGCCGAAAAUCCUGAAUUGAAUGAUAUAUCUUUGGAAGAUGAUUCCCUUAACACUGAAGAGGCAUCAAAAGAUUGGGGUUUUACGGACUGGUCAUUCCCAAAAACUCCAACUUCUAUACGUGCCUUAUCAACACUUUUUACUGGUCGUUCUCCUACUACUUCGGUGAUUUCUAAAAAUGAUGAAAGCCGUAUGUCUGUUGGGUCAAUGUCAUCAACUGGUUCCAAUUAUGAUUUGUUGUUAGCGAGACUUGAAAAAGAAAAUCAAAUUUUACAAGAAGAUCCAAAAGCAAGAAGGAUGUCUAUUCAAGGAAUGGCUGAAAUUAGGGCUAGCUUUGAACGUGUUCAUAGCGAAGCUGUUGAGGCUAAUGUUGAAGAUGAUAUCGAUUGGGGAAUCCCACAAUCAUUACGUGGUAUGAUAUGGCAACUUAUGUCUAAGUCCAAAGACAGUGAACUGGAAGCUACAUACGCCCAAUUAUUGAAGGAAACAAGCCCUCAUGAAAAAAUGAUUUUGAGGGAUUUGAAUCGUACUUUUCCUAAGCACGAAUAUUUUCAAGAUCAAGAUGGAAUAGGUCAAGAAGGAUUAUUCAACGUCGUAAAAGCGUAUUCACUUUAUGAUAAAGAGGUUGGAUAUUGCCAAGGUAUAUCAUUCAUCGUUGGCCCUUUACUUUUACAAAAG